AUGUCAUCGACGAUCAAUGUCAUGCUCCAACGAUGUCAUGCUCCGAGAACGAGAAAUUCCCGGUUAGUCAGCUUUCCGACGGAGAACAACUGGCUGAUCCCGACUACUGAUCCACGCGCACGUACUCCUGAAUGGGAGAAUAUAAUUAGACGCGUAUGGGAAGAAGAUGAAGACGCCAGAAUCGAGCCUGGACAGAGAAAUAACGAAAUUGAAAUUAUCGUUUUUUCCGAUUCUGACGAAUUGAGAUACCUCAAUGGGGCGGACCACGUCGGGCACAGUACAAUCGCAGGGAAAACGCCAGCAGCAACAGAUUCUCAUUCUUGGAGGCCGAGUGCGAGGAAGAGGAGCGUGGUGGGCCGAGUCAUUGUAGUAAUAACGGUGAAUAUUUGUGUAUAAAAAUUCAGGGGGAAAACGUGCGACAAUUUAAAAAUUUUAACGUCUUA